CUUCACUUUCAUUUCGGAGGAAAGAGAAAACUUGCCCCGGAAGUAAAAAGGGCUUUGCUUUAACGCGACGGUUGUAAACUUUCUGCGCCGUUUAUCAGGACUGUUUAAUGAUGUUCCUCAUUUAAACUACACGGAAGAAAUAUAGGCCUGUAAAGAUGACGUUGCAGUGGACUGCAGUGGCUUUGUUCCUCUACGUCGAAAUCGGAAUUCUUAUCCUGCUCUGCCUGCCAUUCAUCUCAGCUCAAAGAUGGCAGAUCAUUUUCAAUCUGAACAUAUGGAACCAUGUUGCUUGGCUCUGGAAAAGAGGAUUUCUGGCAAUGAUCAUUAUCCUCAUUGUUCUCUUUCUGGAUGCUGUGAGGGAGGUGAGGAAAUACUCCGGAGCUCAGAUCAGUAAAGACUCUAAGACGUACACUAACAUGUUUGACCAUGUGCAUAUGAAGCUGUUUAGAUCUCAGAGGAACCUGUACAUCUCUGGAUUCGCCCUCCUCCUGUGGCUGGUCAUGCAACGAGUCAUCAAGCUGAUCAAUCAACUUGCAGCGGCUGCAAACACCAACUCGGCUCUUCAUGUCCAGAUAGAGGAUGCUAAUCAGGCUGCUAAAAAAUACAUGGAGGAAAUUGAGCAGCUCAAGCAGGCUUUGAAAGAUUACACAGGAGAUGAAAAGGGGGCACAGGAAGGAAAAGAACGUCUCAGGAAUGAGGUGUCCCAACUCAAACAGGAGCUGAAGAUGUCUGCUGAAGCUCUGAACAAGUCCAAGGCAGAAGCAGACGCCAUUAAAAAGCAAAGUGAGGCCCUGGCUAAAGACUACGAUCAAUUACUUGAAAACCAAAAGAAAUUGCAGUGUUGGAACGAGAUUGAAGAUAAGAAGGAUAUUUGAGAACAUUUUCAGCCACUAUCCUGAAGCAGCAUGGUGUCAUUUCCUUCAGCCCAGGGUGACCCCACAGCACUGCCUUUUAUCAAACACAUACACAGUUGACACAACUUGCAAAGCAGGUUGUAGAGCAGCAGAGAUGUGUUUGUGUAUAUUAUAGCGUUUACAAUAAUAAUCCAAUGAACAUUUUGCAAUCUUUAAAUGCUGUUUCCUAGAAAGGAUCUGCCUUAUUCUAGAUAUAGAUUUUAUUAUUUCAUCUUCUGUAAACUUAAAUAUACAGUUCUGUGCAAAAGUCUUUGGCACGUGUCAAGAAAUUCUGUAAAGCAAAGACGCCUUAAAAAAUGGUAAAAUUAAAUGUUUCUACUAAAAAAAAAAUACUAUAAAGAA